CAUGAACUUAGGCACAACAGUUAACACUUGGACAGGAAUUUAGUCACCGAUGUGAUAGCAAUAAGGAGAAGUGGUGAGGCGGCAGUGCACAGUCUGGGUGAUCAGCUUGAGUGAGCAGAAGAUAACAAUAAGGAGCGAUUAAGAACCAGCUAUAACCGGAUCCGGGAAACACUUGGGGCUAAGUAGGUGAAAGGUGAGGAGUAUGUGGCCACAGGCAGCUAUGGCACAUGCGUAGUAGAGAAUAGUAAAAGCCAGAGCUGAACUACAGAUGGGGACGCCCACUUAGGGAGGCCCGAGGGAAUACAAACAUUGGCACCUGAAUACAUAAUGAAUGGGAUGUAUAAAAGAAGACUGCAAACUCUGUAUCAGGUUCUCUCCGGUUCUCCGGGGGCACCCGACUCUGCAGACUCGCAAUAAAAGAACUUGUUUCCACGACUUUGUCUCCAGUAGUUCUGUGAUUGUGAGCACGGGUGUUUUGAUAAAUCUCACAAAUUUGGGGGCUCGUCUGGGAUCGCCACUCCGAGACGUCCGACGGCGGGUCUACGAAGAGGGAGAGGUGCACCCCGCUGAGUUCAGUGGUCCCUGAAGUCCUGGCCCGACGUUGGGUGGUCUGACCGAGCGACAUCCGGACAGGAGACUCUGCAAACAAAUGGUGGUAGGACAUCGGUAGCACGCUGCGAUCAAGCAAUUCUUGUGCAGAAGACCCGGAGCUUAAAACCAAAGGCUUGCUGGCACAGAGCCCUCCUCUGGAUUUCUCCAUCCACCCGAUAAAGGCAGGAGAUUGGGUUCUUGUCAAGUCGUGGAAAGAGGAGAAGUUACGGCCGCAGUGGUCUGGCCCAUAUCUAGUGUUGCUGACAACGGAAACAGCGAUUCGAACAAAAGAAAAAGGGUGGACGCACGCGGCGCGGGUAAAGGGACCAAUGGACCCAUCAACCGAGGGAGAGUGGGAAGUCCGAGCGGGGGACAAUCUGUUGAUAUUACGGAUUAAGCGAAAAAGGACGAUGAAGGACAGUAACCAGUUCAAAAUUGUACAUCACAGUCUGUUUACUAUACUGUAUCUUGUGGUUUGCGGAAGCGGGUUUAAUUAUUUUACUACACUCUGUGCGAACUGUGCUAGACAGAAGGGACAGGCCACUUGUUGGGUAUGUGCGGCCAUCCCACAUCAUGGGGAAUCCGGAAUCCCUCUUACCAUUCUGCCUAUGACUAGGGAGGAAGUAGGCGAGGUGCUGCAGUUCAACGCCACUGUCAGCGAUACGUGGGAGUCGAGCGGGAAUACAUGGAAUUCUAGUUCCGGGAAUUGGUGGCCGCGUUGGGGUAGGUGGAAAGGGAACAAGGGGAAUUACAGUUUCAAGGGAUGGUUUCCCCGACCGGCCCCACGGACCAAGGGACAAUUGACGGUCUCAGAGUGACACCACCUGGGGGACAGGUUAACUCAACAUGUUUCUGUAACUGGAAUGUGAGCGUCCCGUUCCAAUUGGGGAAGUCGUCCUGUAAAGUGCACCAAGUGGCCCACGAAUAUAGCCUGUCCAUACCAUUAAACGGGACAUAUUGGGUAUGUGACACCAGAGCAUAUCCAUACCUGCCUGGGGAACAACAUGAACAUCAUGGAGCCCAGGGAUCCGGCAUAGAGCGGACAUUGCCACCUGAACAGAAGGGGUGGAGUGGUUGUUGUUACCUAGCCUACCUAGUCCCUCAUGUACACAUCCCGAAACAAGUCCCAUGGACUAGAAAGGAACGGGGGAAGAAGAGGCGCAAACCCAGAAAGGUGACGGAGACUGACCGCUUGUUCUGGACCCUCUUUCCUCCUUAUGGGGCGGCUCGGGCAGGGGUAGAAAUUCAACAGUUAGCUGCUUCCUUGGAGGAACUGGCCAAUGGCACGGCCAUAGCUCUAAGUGAGACGCAGACCCAGGUGCGGGCCCUCACUACUGAAAUGAUUGCCCUCAGAUUAGUGGCCCUCCAAAACCGAAUGGCCUUGGAUUUUAUACUCGCUGAGAAAGGGGUGACCCGCGCUCUGAUUGGGAAUGAAUGUUGUACCUCUGUCCCCGAUGAGUCGCAAAACAUUACUAAUCUCUCCCAACAUAUUCGGGGUCAAAUUGAUAAAAUACGAGAAGCGGGGAAUAGGUAUCGCAAGGAGGCAGGGUGGGAAUGGGGCAGUUGGGGCUUGACUGGAUCGGGUAAUUGGUUGGUGAACCUAGCGAUUUAUGGCCUAAUCAUAGUGGUACAACUAAUAAUAGGCCUGAACAGCCUGAAAUGUCUAUUGGCCCGUAUGAUGCCGGCCUCCCUGACCAACACGAGAACAGCACUAUUUAUGAUGAAAACCCCGGACAGCGAGCACAAUGACGACACCCAAUGGAGAGAGAUUAAUUACAUGUUGGCCAACUUAGAAAACAACUGAAGGAACAGGGAGGGAACUCUGAGGUGUAGUUUAACCAAUAAUGCGUGGCAAAAGAAAAAGGGUGGAAUUGAGAGAAAUGGAGUGCUACAGGACAGUCGUUAAACUACAGUUAACACUCAUACAUGAACUUAGGCGCAACAGUUAACACUUGGACAGGAAUUUAGUCACAGAUGUGAUAGCAAUAAGGAGAAGUGGUGAGGCGGCAGUGCACAGUCUGGGGGAUCAGCUUGAGUGAGCAGAAGAUAACAAUAAGGAGCGAUUAAGAACCAGCUAAAACUGGAUCCAGGAAACACUUGGGGCUAAGUAGGUGAAAGGUGAGGAGUCUGUGGCCACAGGCAGCUAUGGCACAUGCGUAGUAGAGAAUAGUAAAAGCCAGAGCUGAACUACAGAUGGGGAUGCCCACUUCGGGAGGCCCGAGGGAAUACAAACAUUGGCGCCUGAAUACAUAAUGAAUGGGAUGUAUAAAAGAAGACUGCAAACUGUGUAUCGGGUUCUCUCCGGUUCUCCGGGGCCACCCGACUCUGCAGACUCGCAAUAAAAGAACUUGUUUCUUCGACUUUGUCUCCAGUAGUUCUGUGAUUGUGAGCACGGGUGUUUUGAUAAAUCUCACACCGCCUCUUUGGUUUACUCUUGAUCAUCAGCAAAGUGAUGGAAGGUGUUAUCAACAGUGGCUAUCAAGCAGCACCUGCUCAGUGACGCCCACUUUGGGUUCCGCCAGGGCCACUCAGCUCCUGACCUCAUUGCAGCCUGGGCUCAAACAUGGACUAAAGAGCUGAAUUCCAGAGGGGAGGUGAGAGUGACAGGUCUUAACAUCAAGGUUGCAUUUGACUGAGUGUGGCAUCAGGUCAGUGGAGUCCGGGGAAAACAUCACUGGUUGGCAUCACGUGGUACAAAGGGAGGUGUUCCGGAUUGUUGGAGGUCGGCCAUCUCAAUUCCAGAGCAUCUCUUCAGGAUUUGCUCAGGGUCGUGUCCUAGGUACAAUCAUUUCCAGCUGCUUCACCAACAACAUUCCCUCCAUUACAUGGUUAGAAGAUGCGGAUAUUCACUGAUGACCGUGCAAUAUUCACCACCAUUCAUGACUCUUCAGUGGAAGAACUCAGUCAGGUGAUGGCAUCAGCAGCAGCAAGUAUGCCCAACAUGGACUCAUGGCUUUCAGCGAGAUGGCACUGUGUGGACCCGUGGUCGUUGGCAAGUAGGUCCAGCCUGGAUUUGUGGUGGUCAGCGAGUGGGCCCAGAUUCACGCAGGUGAGUUUGGGCCCAGAAUGAGACCCUGCAACAUCGGCAGUAGCUUCAUUGGCGAGGUGGGCCUGAAGCAGUCUCAUGCUGGUAGUGGACUUGAGGUUGGGCCAAUGUGGUAUCUGGUGGCAUCGGUGGAUUCUGCACUGGUGAGGCCCAGUGAAGACUCAUAGUGGCAAGGGCGUCGGUGGAGGUGAGAUGGUGUCGGAGUGCCAAUGGCAGCGUGGCAAAGGGACUUGUGGCUGGCCACCAGGCCCAUGGCCCAUUGUGGAGCACUUAAUGAGAAGGACUGUAAAGAUGAACACUUUUUCUUUAUUUCUUUAUUCUUCUGCCAUUAUAUUCUAUGUUUGGUUUAUUUUUCUGCGUUUUAAGGUGGCCCCAGAGACUG